AAACAGCUGAUCUCGUUCUGUUGUACUCACACUUCAUUGAACCUGGACACAGGGCAGGCACGUCCUCACCAUAUUCCUAGAAAGACAAGUUUGCUCUCACUUAAUCUACCAAGAUGCCGUGUAUCAGUUCUCGCCACGAGAUGGGGAAAAUGCCUCUUAGCUUCAAUGAAAUGGUUGAAAGAAUCCUAAUGGUGGAGCAGAUCCUGUCGGAGUUCAGGCUGAAUAAAGAAGAGCUCAAAGAAGUCAUGAAGAGGAUGCAGCGGGAAAUGGACAGAGGGCUCCGUUUAGAGACACAUGAAGAAGCCAGCGUAAAAAUGCUUCCGACGUAUGUCUGUUCCACACCAGAGGGAUCAGAGGUGGGGGACUUCUUGGCUUUGGAUCUCGGGGGCACAAACUUCCGCGUGAUGCUCGUGAAAGUGGGCGAAGACGAAGAGAGAGGCUUUAAGGUGGAGACAAAGAACCAAAUGUAUUCCAUUCCAGAGGAUGCCAUGACAGGGACGGCUGAAAUGCUAUUUGACUACAUAGCAGAGUGUAUGUCAGACUUUCUGGACAAGCACCACAUCAAGCACAAGAAGCUUCCUUUGGGUUUUACCUUCUCCUUUCCUGUGAGACACGAGGAUCUUGACAAGGGAAUCCUUCUAAACUGGACCAAAGGUUUCAAGGCUUCUGGGGCAGAGGGGAACAAUGUUGUCGGUCUCCUCAGAGAUGCAAUCAAGAGACGAGGGGACUUUGAAAUGGAUGUGGUGGCCAUGGUGAAUGACACGGUCGCCACCAUGAUCUCCUGCUAUUAUGAGGAUCGUAGCUGUGAAGUCGGAAUGAUUGUCGGCACUGGUUGCAACGCAUGUUACAUGGAGGAGAUGAGAACCGUGGAGCUGGUGGAAGGAGAGGAAGGCCGGAUGUGUGUGAACACGGAGUGGGGGGCGUUCGGAGACAACGGGGAGCUGGAGGAGUUCAGGCUGGAGUACGACAGAGUGGUGGACGAGUCCUCGAUUAACCCCGGGCAUCAACUAUAUGAGAAGCUGAUCAGUGGCAAAUACAUGGGGGAGGUGGUGAGGCUCGUUCUGAUGAAGCUGGUGAAUGAAGACCUUCUGUUUAAUGGCGAGGGCUCAGAGCUGCUGAAGACACGGGGCAGCUUCGAGACCCGCUUUGUCUCGCAGGUGGAGAGUGACUCUGGUGACAGGAAGCAAAUCUACAACAUCCUGUCCUCCCUGGGUGUCCUCCCCUCCGAGCUGGACUGUGACAUCGUGCGUCUGGUCUGUGAGAGUGUUUCCACCCGCUCUGCUCACGUGUGCGGGGCAGGGCUGGCCGGGGUCAUCAAUCUGAUGCGGGAGCGGCGCAACGAGGAGGAGAUGAAGAUCACAGUUGGAGUGGACGGAUCCGUCUACAAGCUGCACCCCAGCUUCCGUGACCGUUUCCACGCUGCCGUCAGGGAACUCACCCCUCACUGCCAGAUUACCUUCAUCCAGUCGGAGGAGGGGAGCGGUCGUGGUGCUGCUCUCAUCUCAGCGGUGGCCUGUAAGAUGGCCUCAUGCUAGGUGACCCAGUAAAGACUGACUGCUACGCACUGAGCAGCAGUGAAGAGAGCAAGCACACCAACCGGAGGACAUCGGAGACCAAAUCCCGUCCAAAGAUGCCACUGGUGCCUUCACAGGCCUAAGGAAGUUUGAAACUGAAAACACAUCUCCGGAUGAUGACAAGAGGACCAGAGAGCAACAAGUGAUUCGUUUUACAGAUUGUGUCUUGAAGUGUUUCGACAAUCUGUAGCAAAUUUAACGUUCCUCAUCUUUAAGAACUUGUUUACUGGUCAGUCUAAAACAUAGGGUUGCAUGAAAUCAUAUUUAAGCUAUGUGUCCACAAUGUGUUGCUGCCAGACGGCAGUGCAGAUUGAAGCCUUUUAAAAGGGAUGACAUAUUAUUGAAUACAUUAUAUUAUAUAUAGAUAUAAGAACCAGUUGAAACUGGUUAAUCCAUCAAAGGAAUUUUGUAAAUGCUUUUGUAAAUUUCGACAAAACCAAAUUCAUUGCUUUGUUGUGUCAUUUUCUUUGUGAGCAAUGAAGUAUUUCUCGGUAUUGUACAUUCAAGUUUUAUGUUUACAUCUCCUUUCCUAUGUUUACUCAUAUUGUGUAGUUUUUCUUAUCUGUAUAAUGAUGAAAUGUGCUUUGGAUGUGAAUAAGCUGAACUGUA